GGGAGGCAGGCCUCUGCCAGUAAGUGCCAGGUCACUCCUGCCCUGAUUCCCCGCCUCCUUGCACUUGCCUCACUAGUUUCUGCUUCCUAGAGAAGGAACAAGCCCGUGGCCACUGGGAACACCUGGACGGCACUCAGCUGUGACUGUCUCAAGGGAAGGAGAGCUGGCAGCCUUGACUGACCAGGCAGAUGCGGUUCCUUGAGAGCUCCUUCUUACCCACCCAGUUCCUACUGCUGGUGGGGGUCCCUGUGGCAAGUCUUGUCUUUCUGGUCCAAUGUCUUCGAUUGCAUUGUCCUCGCUGGCUGCAGAGGAGAAUCUGGAGGGUGGAUAGUAGCCAACAGGAUUCAGUGUCCCAAUGCAUCCCCUACCCAGACUAUGAGGUCCCAAGGCCAUGUCUGCCGGCCACAUUGCCUGAGAUGGCCACCUUCUACCAGGAGCUGCACACGCCCACCCAUGGCCAGACUGUCACCCGCCAGCUGAUGAACAAGCUACUGGUGUUUGCAGCUCGAGAGGUGGAUCACCGUGGUGGCUGUCUGAUGCUGCAAGACACUGGCAUCUCCCUGCUCAUCCCACCAGGUGCUGUGGCUGUAGGUCGUCAGGAACGGGUGUCACUGGUUCUGGUGUGGGACCUGUCGGAUGCCCCUUCGCUGUCCCAAGCCCAGGGGCUGGUGAGCCCAGUGGUAGCAUGUGGCCCCCAUGGGGCCUCCUUUCUGAAGCCCUGCACUCUCACGUUCAAACACUGUGCCCAGUUGCCCAGUCAGGUUUGCACCUACAGCAGCAACACGACCCUGCUGGAUGUCAAGGCCUGGAAGCCCCUGGGUAGGGCUGGAGCCCACAUCUCCCGGGAUGAGUGUCGCAUUCACCUCUCACACUUCAGUCUCUAUACCUGUGUGCUGGAGGCCCCUGUGGGCCAGGAAGCCCGCAAGUGGCUGCAGCUGGCCCUGUUCUGCUCACCACUGGGGCCUGCGCAGUCACACCUGCAGCUGCGCGUCUACUUCCUCAACAACACACCAUGCGCCCUGCAGUGGGCCCUGACCAAUGAGCAGCCCCAUGGCGGGCGCCUGCGUGGACCCUGCCAGCUCUUUGACUUCACUGGCACCCGAGGGGACCAGUACCUGAAGCUCAAGUACAUCUCUGAGGGUUGGGAGAAUGUGGAUGACAGCAGUUGCCAACUGGUUCCUCACCUUCACAUCUGGCACGGGAAAUGUCCCUUCCGUUCCUUCUGCUUCCGGAGAAAAGCAGCCAAGGAGAAUGAGGACUGCUCAGCACUGACCAAUGAGAUCAUUGUCACCAUGCACACCUUCCAGGAUGGCUUGGAAACCAAGUACAUGGAAAUCCUCAGGUUCCAGGCCUCAGAGGAGGAAUCCUGGGCGGUGCCACCCCCUGUCAACCAAUCACCACCAUGCAAUCGGCUGCCCCCAGAGCUCUUUGAGCAGCUACAGAUGCUACUGGAGCCAAGUAGCAUCACAGGCAAUGACUGGCGCCGACUGGCUUCCCACCUGGGGCUCUGUGGCAUGAAAAUCAGGUUCCUUUCCUGCCAGCGCAGCCCGGCAGCAGCCAUCUUGGAGCUGUUUGAGGAGCAAAAUGGCAGCCUGCAGGAGCUGCACUACCUCAUGACCAUCAUGGAGAGACUAGACUGUGCCUCUGCCAUCCAGAACUAUCUGAAUGGGAGCAGCCCAGCCCCCACACAUCAGGCUGCCCUGGAGAACCAAGCCCUGGAGUUGGAUGAACAGCUCUGAGCAGCCAACUUGGGCAGGGUGGGGUUGGAAUGGGGGGGGGGGGACAAACACAGCCACUGUUUUUGGCCCUGCCCAACAAUCUCAUUAGAACCCUUGGACAAUGCCCAAGAUCCUCUGUGGAGGCCUGAAUGCCAUUGCCAAGGUUCCUGGAUAUCAGGAGCACUCUUGUGACCGUCUUUGCCCUGUGCUUGUAGAUCCCCUUUUGGCCAGCAGGGGGACAGGAAUCCAGGAGAUGGCAUGGUGGCCCACCUCCUGGAAGCUAUUAAACAGUACAAAGGACUGUCAGGUUGACAAAUUGACACUUUUUGGGGACAGGUCAGUACACAAGUAUUUGCUGAGCACUUAAUAAUGCCCAGCAUUGGGCUGGGUAUCAUGGCAAUACAAAAAUAUGUGAGAUAGAGUUUAGAGCCUAGACACGCCCACAUUUUUUUUUUUUUUUAAUAAGCUGAAUGCUGAACUUGAAUUGUGAACUUGCAAAUAGCAUAUAGAGGUCAACAGAGGUAAGUCUUGAGGAAAGUUGGGUGAGGUAAGGAAAGAGGGAGGAGAGAGAGAGAGAGAUAGAGAGAGAGAGAGAGAGAGAGAGACUGACUCAUGGAGGAUGCUAGAGAAAGGAUUUAAGUAAGGCAUGGUCUGGAGAACGCCUUGCUGAGAACAAGCCAUGGCAGACAGUGCUGUGGAUGUGGGGUGAGGGCAGGACAAGGCUCAAGGUCUGUCUAAAGGUGAUCAGUCACCUCUGACUCUCCAUUUUUUCUCCUUUGUUUCUCUAUCCCAAUGCCCUUGCCUUGUCUUUCUCUCUCUUUGUCAUGACCUCUAUCCUAAAACAGUAAAAGCUAAAAAAAAAAAUCCUGAUUCUUUUGACCCAUAUUUACCAUCUUUCUCUCAGGUUAUGUGACUUUCAAAUCUUUUUUUUUUUUCAGUUUGUGACUUUCAAAUCUUUCUGAUGUCAUUUUGCUUUCCUUCUCUCUCUUCCUCCUUUGAUCUCUUUAUCUCUGAACUGUGUAUCUCUGCGUUACCCUAAGUCUUAGCACCUUUUUUCCUCUACUCACUAUGCCUGCCUUUGUAUGUUUCUUUCUCUCUGAAACUCUUAUUCAUUCCCCUCAGGCAAGUGACUCUGCACUGGUGUUAAGUAUUAAAGGCUAUUGAAAGGAUUGGGCCUCCUCAGGAAGGUGCAGGUGGGGACUCCCUCCUACCCCUAUCAAGAUCCAGAAUGGGGUCAGAAAAUAAAGACUAGGGAUUACAGAAUACUCCAUUCAGUCAACAAGUAUUUAUUCAGCAGCUACUAUGUGUUAGAAACUGUAUAGAAAGGAGAUCAAAAGACCCAGUCCUGAAAAGGGAACAAAGGGUCUGACUCAAUUCUAACAACUCUUUUGUUUACAAACAGGUGUUGUUAACUUUUUUUUCAAGGGCAGGCAGACAACCUCUCUCCACAGCACUAACAAUUUGUUUCCAUUUUUUAAUUAAAAACUUUAAAGUUUUUUUCUCUGAGGAAUAAUAUUGUGUAAUAAAAUAUGAAAACUGCC